UUAUGUAUUGUAGCUGGUGUGUCUUUGAGCUCUGUGGUUGUGCUGGUGAUGCAGCCUCUGUUGCUGGUGGAUUCCUCGAUGGAGGCCGACCUUCCCAGCCUUCCUCUCCGAGAGAGACUCCUGGAAGCCUUGUGUCUGGGCAGACACCGCAACUACUACAUUUCCCAGCAGCCUUUCCAGCACCAUGGAAACGGGGAGAAGGACGAGAGGCGCAUGGGCAACAUCCAGCACCUCCCUAGAGUGCGCUCCCCCUCCCUCCCCGGCUCUCUGUGCAGAGCGAGGGAUGAACAGACGGAGGGGGGAGGGAGCGAGAGCAAUAGCGACCUGCUGUUCUUCUCUUUCGCCUCAUCCUCCUCCUGCCCGCUGCUGUCCUCCUCCUCCUCCUCAUCGUCAUCAGACAGCGAGCGCGGUUCGCGGAUCGGUCCGAGCCGCCCGUGCAGACGAAAGCGCACACGCACGCUCUGCAGCAGGAAUGGCCUGAGCUGGCUCGCCAUGGGCAACCAGGACGCGAAGCCGAAGCGCUCGGCCCCGACGGGAGAGGCGGAGAGCGCGGCGGACGACUGCAGCCACGCCGACGCCACAAAGAAAGGAUUCCACGCCAAGAAAUGCAACGGCAAGCACGGCAAGCACGGCGAUGGGGGAGGGAAGAAGAAAGCCAAGUCGGAAACCAAGUCGGUCUUCUCCAACAUCCGAAAACGCAAGAAUCUAGCCAAGGUGAAGGGCCUGCUGAGCGGAUCGCGAGAGGAUGCGCUGGACUCGCAGCCGGAUGAGCUGGACACCAAAACACCCGAGCUGUCCGCGGACGAGCUCGGCCAGUCCGACGCCGAGGACCACAGAGCCGUUCUUUCGGGCAGCAGCAGCAGCAGCAGGAUGCCAGAAGCUCCGGAGAAAAAGGCCAGCUCCGGGUCGGAUACGGACAUCUACAGCUUCCACUCGGCGGCCGAGCACGAGGAUCUGCUGGCCGACAUCCAGCAUGCCAUCAGACUCCAGCAUCAGUGGCAGCCGAACGGUCUCGAUGCCGAAUAUAAACAAAAACAACAGCAUGCUAACAAAGAGGAGCCGUUCACCAUGCUGGAUGUGCCACACCGCCUGGAGAACGGCCAGGACAAACGCCUCAAAGCUGAGGUUGAUGCAGAAGGAAAGGACGAUAUAGGAAGAAGCAGUGGAGACACAAAGGAGGAGGAAAACGAGAGAACCAAGGAGGACUGGGAGAAAGUGAGUGUUAACGGCAAGCUAGAUAUUUGGGACCAGGGCCUUUGUGCUGCUGUCGCCGUAGCAACCGGUACAAAAGAGCCAGAGCCCGCGUGUGAUAUAACCCCUUCUGCCACCAAGACAACCAGCGUGGCGAGCUUUCCGGACUUUACUUCGUCGUUCGAGAGCGCCGUAGAGGCCACCGAGGAAGUUCAGGAUGAGGUUGAAGAGGACUCGAGUUCAGACACGAAACGCCCAGAAACCGGCGCUUCUUCACUGUCUUUGGAUCCAGAAUGCGCCGGUGCUGAUAUUUCACCAGCUGAACCACCGGAAGCUGAGGAAGCUGAGGAGAAGGACGUCAAACCAGAAGUGCCCAGGAGAAGGAGCAGCAUAUCACUUCCACAGUGGCUCCAACAGGAGAGUCCUGUAGCCACACGGCACACGAAGCCUGCAGUCAACACCACCGGCAGUCCGGCGGUCAAACCCUACCCGCCCAUCCACCCUUCGUACAUCAAGACCACCACGCGACAGCUCAGCUCACCCGCCCUUUCCCCCGCCCCCUCGCCCAACCACAGCCCGCUCUGCCCACGCCGUACCCACGGCGCCCCGGCCAUCGCCGGCGCCACCCUGGCCGCAGCUCACGCCGGGCGGAAGCGGCACUGGAAGCGCCAGCGAUCACACAGCGUCGCCGGACCCAUCAGCCGCUCCGCCGACUGGACCGAAGAACUGCGCACGCUGCCAUCAAAAACAGGUGCUGAGGACUUUCUGGAGUACGGCGGGUCAGAAGGGACACUCGGGACGGGAGGAGAGGCGACGCGGACGGCCAAUCGCAGGGCUUCGACCGGGCAGGUUUCCACCUGCAGCUUUCACGAUGUGUUCACAGGCCGAACCCUGUUGGAGAAGUUUUUCCAGCAGCAGGAGAGAUCAGAGGCGGAAGAAGAGGCGGAGAAGCUCUGCUCACGCAUUCUGGCCAUGGGGCUCCUCCUGCCCUUCGGUGACUGUUUCGGAGAGCACUAUGGAGGCAGCACUACCCACGUUACACCUCAGUUCAGUCAUGAUCAGUUGUAUACCUGGGCUCCGGUGAGUCAGCCCCCUCUGUCAUUGGACAAUUUUGAGGGCAAUUUACCAGGUCACAUCAAGUCCCUGUGGCCUCCACCCAGACCUGAAGCCGAGGAGAAACCUGGACUCAAGUACACUGAAGCAGAGCAUCAGGCUGCUAUAUUAGGACUGAAGAAGCAACAGCAGGUGGAAAUCCAGCACCUUCAGGAAGGCUCGGUGUUGAGCACAGUGCGUCUGAAGCAGGAACACGUGACCGUGAUCCAACAGCUGGAGCAGACCAUCGAGGACCUACGCAGCAAAAUCGCCGAGCUGGAGAAGCAGCACCCGCUGCCGGACCGAGACGUCCUCGCGCAGGAGCAGGAGUGCGGCGGGGACGACGGCGUCUUACCGGACGUGUGCCACGUGGACCUGCAGACCGAGACCAGCGCCCUGCUGGCGUCAGAGGCCAGAUCGGUUCAGACGUCGCCCAUAGACGAGAGCUUUACGUUUAAAGUGCCUUCAUCGGAGCGGGGACGCUCGGCCGAGCCUUCGCUGGAUACGACGGAGGACUCUCAGGCCACAGGGACUGGUUCUCCUAAAGCGGGACAGUUUAAGUGUGUCUGCCAGCAACAAUGGCCUGCACCUCCCCCUCCACCCUCAUUACCUGGUUUACCACCGGCCCCAGCCUUGCCUGGAGGAGCUUUGCCCCCUCCAUCACCUCCUCCACUAUUACCUGGGACUACUUUACCACCAGCACCUCAUCCUGGCCAAGCUGCAUUACCUGUCCCUCCACCUCCUCCACCCUUACCUGGCCAAGCUGCAUUACCUGUCCCUCCACCUCCUCCACCCUUACCUGGCCAAGCUGCAUUACCUGUACCUCCACCUCCUCCACCCUUACCUGGCCAAGCUGCAUUACCUGUCCCUCCACCUCCUCCACCCUUACCUGGCCAAGCUGCAUUACCUGUACCUCCACCUCCUCCACCUUUACCUGGCCAGGUUGCAUUACCUGUACCCCCACCUCCUCCACCUUUACCUGGCCAGGUUGCAUUACCUGUACCCCCACCUCCUCCACCUUUACCUGGCCAGGUUGCAUUACCUGUACCCCCACCUCCUCCACCUUUACCAGGCCAAGCUGCAUUACCUGUACCUCCACCUCCUCCACCUUUACCUGGCCAGGUUGCAUUACCUGUACCUCCACCUCCUCCACCUUUACCUGGCCAGGUUGCAUUACCUGUACCCCCACCUCCUCCACCUCUACCAGGCCAAGCUUUAGUACCCGUACUUCCACCACCUCCACCCUUACCUGGAACGGGCGCUCCACCCCCACCGCCGCCACCCUUACCCGGCACAGGGGCACCGCCACCUCCUCCUCCUCCACCUCCUCCACCAGGACUUUCUGUCCCCCCAGCUCCUGUCUUCCCAGGUGCAUGCGGCCCUCCUCCCCUUCCUUUCGGACUGUACGCUCUGGCGGCGGCUCAGGAGAAAGCUCCUCGGAAAGGUCCAGUCGAGCCGCCACGCCCGAUGAAGCCCCUCUACUGGACCCGGAUUCAGCUCCAUGCCAGAAAAGACACAAACCCCCUGAUCUGGGAGAAGAUCGACGAGCCGACGGUGGAUUUCGACGAGUUCGUGGAGCUUUUCUCCAAAACCGCAGUGAAAGAAAAGAAGAAGCCCCUGUCGGACACCAUCACCAGAUCCAAGACCAAGCAGGUGGUGAAGCUGCUAAACAACAAACGUUCUCAGGCCGUCGGGAUUCUCAUGUCCAGCCUCCACCUCGACAUGAAGGACAUCCAGCAUGCCAUUCUAAACCUGGACAACACAGUGGUCGAUCUGGAGACGUUACAAGCGCUCUACGAGAACAGAGCGCAGGCGGACGAGGUGGAGAAGAUCGACAAGCACGUUAAAUCCUCCAAGGAGAAGGAGGGAGCCAAACCUCUGGAUAAACCUGAACAGUUCCUCUUCCAGCUCUCCCAAAUCCCAGAGUUCUCAGGACGAGUGUUUUGUAUCCUGUUUCAGUCCACCUUCUCUGAAUGCAUCUCCUCCAUCCUGCGCAAGCUGGAGAUCUUACAGAGAGUGUGUAAGACUCUGCAGAGCGGUUCUGGAGUGUCGCGGGUCCUGGGUCUGGUACUGGCAUUCGGAAACUUCAUGAACGGAGGAAACCGGACCAGAGGACAGGCGGAUGGCUUUGCACUGGACAUCCUGCCCAAGCUCAAGGACGUCAAAAGCAGUGACAAUUCCAGAAGUCUCCUUUCGUACAUCGUCGCUUACUACCUACGACACUUCGACGAGGACGCAGGCCGAGAGACGUGUGUGUAUCCUCUACCCGAGCCACAUGACCUGUUCCAGGCGUCUCAGAUGAAGUUCGAGGACUUCACUAAAGAUCUGCUGAAGCUGCGGAAGGAUCUGAGAGCAUGCACUGCUGAGAUGGAAAAGGUGUGUCAAGUCUCUUCCGAGGAGCACCUGCAGCCCUUCAAGGAUAAAAUGGAAGAAUUUGUAGGUCAAGCAAAAGAUGAACUGGAGGCUCAGGAAACCCAGCUAAAGCAAACACACAAAACGUUCCUGGAGCUGACGGUUUUCUUCUUCGUAAAGCCUAAGUGCGGUGAGAAGGAAGUUUCACCCAACACAUUCUUCUCGGUGUGGCACGAGUUCUCCACCGACUUUAAAGAUCAGUGGAAGAAGGAGAACAAGCUGAUCCUGCAGGAACGGUUGAAAGCAGCGGAGGAGUGUUUCAGACAGGUGAAGGAAAAAGCCACCUACAGUGUCAAACCCAAGCACGCUUCAGGAAUCAAAGCGAAGCUGGGCAUGAAAAUCUGAUGAGGUUUAUUUUCAUCCCUCUGUGCUGCAUCAUUAGAAACUGGAAGGCGUUCAGAGCAGGUCGGAACUGCGGACUGCACACGGGCGGGGCUUUUGGACUUUUUAUGUUUUUGGGUUUUUUUUAAGUGUUAAUGCAUCUGUAUGUAACAAACGAAGGCACACAGGAAGUCACAGGAAAUGAGGUCGACUUUACAGCUAACAGUACGUGACCUGAGACACCUGAGCAGGUACGUCUGGACGUCGUGGUGUACGUGUGCUUUAUAGCCGAUCAGACCGGGUUAGAAAAUAAAUAAUUAAUGAAUAAAUAAAUAUGAAGAUUAUGUUCUGUCAGUGAAAAUCAAAAGUAAUGCAGCCUGAUUAAAUGUGAAUGUUUGAAUUUCCCUCUGAACUCGAGGUUAAGGUACUGGACUAGUAAUCAGAAGGCUGCCUGUUCAAGCCCCACUUCCACCAAUUUGCCACUGUUUAGCCUUUGAGCAAAUCGAAUUCAGUCGUAAUUGUAAGUCGCUUUAAAUAAAAGCGUCUGUUAAAUGCCAUGGAUGUAAAAUAUGAAUAAUAAUAAUAAUAAUUAUGAUGAUGAUGAAUUUUCAUUUUAAUUUCAGGCCAGUCGGUCAGACGUCUGUAUCAGUUUAACAGCAUCCGCUUCCACUGUCUGUCUGGGCUUCUCGAAUCCACAUUUCUCUCAGUGUGACGGUUCGAGCCGCCGUUCUUCCAGCAGGCGUAUUCACCCACAGCGGCUGCUUUUUUAGGAAUAAUCAAAUAAUGCAGCUUUCAUUAAUAUUAGAGUCACAGCAGACGUGAGGAAAAACCUCUACAGACGGAAUACAGGUCGAGCGGAAGUGAACGAGGGUUUACAGAUCAUGCAUACAUACAUUAAGAUUACAGCCCAGGGACCGAAUCAAGUCGAGUCGUUUCUUUUAAUCGUAACGUUCAUUACCGGAUUGGUCAAGCAGUAUUUAAAAAAUGCCGUUAUUUUAUCUAAUGUAAAGUAGUAUUAACAGCCUGUAAGAUAUUCCUGUGAAUUUUUUAUAUAUACUAUAAAUAUAUAUAUUUUUUUCUUUUCCUUCAUAGCAUGUGUGUGUGUUCACAGUAUCAAUCACUCUGGUUCUGGAGCAAAAAGGUUCUUCCCACGUGCAAUAAUCGUUUGUAUGUUUUGGUUGGGUUAGAUUUUUUUUUUCUUUGGAAAAUAGCAUAAUUUAUGUAAAAUAAAGAUAAAUAAAUUCAGAA